AUGAAUACUCUGCAAAUUGAAACUAUAUUAAGCCGCUAUACUCCGCUUAAAAAUAAAUUUCUGGGUGUUUUUUCAUCUAAUACUAUUCCAAAUAUAGAAUGGAAUAGCCCUUUUUGCUUUAUUGCAAAUACUAUGGAGAAAGGAACUGUAGGGGAACACUGGAUUGCUUGUUAUUCAGAUAGAAAAAACACAUUGGAAUACUUUGACUCGCUCGGAGACCCCCCUAACUGUGAUAUGCGUCAAUCUAUGCUAAAUCGCUUUAAAAUAGUUAAACAAAGCCGUUAUUCUAUUCAAUCUCCAUUAUCUGAUACAUGUGGGCAUUAUUGCAUCUGUUUCCUUGUAAACCGUUCAAAACAAAAAAGUAGUUUUUCUUCCACACUUAGGAAACUGCACUCAAUACCUUCAGAAAGUCGUGAUGCAGUUAUAAAGAGAUUCGUCCAAAGAUUAGCCAUGCUCCCUAGUAUAUAA